GCAGAGGAGUUAUAACAUCUGGUAUUAAGAAGAAGAAGAAGAAAUAGCAGAAAACCCGCCUUUCGCCAAAAGCAAAAAAUCAAACUCUCCGAACCCUAAACACUCAGAGCUUCUCCACAAUGAGUACCAUGAAAUUUUGCCGCGAAUGUAACAACAUUCUGUACCCGAAGGAGGAUAAGGAGCAGAAGACGCUCCUCUACGCCUGCCGCAACUGCGAUCACCAGGAGAUUGCUGAGACCAACUGUGUCUACAGAAACGAGAUACACCACGCUGUUGGUGAGCGCACUCAGAUAUUGCAGGAUGUAGCUGCAGAUCCUACUCUUCCAAGAACUAAAGCCGUGCGCUGUGCUGAGUGCAAGCAUGGAGAAGCUGUUUUCUUUCAGGCAACUGCUAGAGGAGAGGAGGGUAUGACAUUGUUCUUCGUCUGCUGCAACCCCAGCUGCGGCCAUAGGUGGAGAGACUAAGAUUCACGCCCACCUCUUUAUCCGCUCAGUUUUCGUUCUACCGGAAACAGCUGUUGUUCCCAAAAAAUGUGACUGUAGGAUGGAGAUUAGUUCGAAAGACUUGUGUUGAAAACACUGCCGCAUUUGUUUAGACUAUCCUUUGACAUCCAAUUUGGCGUGGAUUCAAAAAUUACUUUUGUUUCUGCCACAA